GAACUACUCUCAUAUCCUCCACGCUACGUCCGUGACCACACCCAUCACUUUUUUUUUUCUUGGUAAACGACCACACCAUCACUUUAUAUUCAAUUCAAUAAAACAAACCUCAUACUAUAGCACAACUUUAAUACCAUAAUAAUAACAUCCUAUGGAUUAAAGUAAAAACAUAAUACCAACAAUAAAUUGGUGUAAAUAACUAUGGUCAGUUGAAUUGAUGUUAGAAUUUAACCUCGAACUAGAUUAAGCGAUCCAUUUGACCGAAUACCAGUGGUGAAAACCAAAUUUUUUUGUUGUUGUAAAUAUUCUUAAACAAAAAAGAAUCCACGUAUAUGUGCCGAACAAGGUUCCCCACAAAUAUUGUUGUUUAGAAAAAUACAGAAACAACCAAAAUUUUACUGUGAUUGAAGCCUAAAAAGGUGUACUAAAUAGUCAGAGUUUCACAAGUCAGUUUCAAUUACAUCUCCAGUAUCAGAAAAUACAUAGAAAACAAAAAUUUAGCAGUAGUAGAAGAAGAAAUAUCAAAGCUUGUGUCUCUAUCUAUCUCCCUCACUUUUUCAGUGCCUUUUCUUUCAUCUUACUCAUUCAACCCAACACCACCAUCAUCAUCAUCACUUAACAACCAACCAUUCAUUCUUAGUCACAUCCUUUUCUUAACACUGUCUCUUGCUCCUUCAUCAUUUCCUCCAUUCAUCUAUCUUUUGCUUCUCAGUUAGUUAUUCAAGAGAUUUUCAUUAUUGGAUAGGAAGUUUCAUACCUAAUUUUUAGGCCUUGGUGCUGAGAAUUAGUAUUGUUUAGAACUUUAAUCUUGAUCAAUUUUGGAUUAAGAAGGUUGCAUAGUAAAGACUAAUUGUUCAAAUUUUAAUUUUGGAACAAUAUGUCUGAGAGGAAAUUGAACAUCAAUGCUCCUCUAAUGUCCGUGAGACGAAAUUCAGCUACGUCGCCUUCUUUAACCGAAUCAAAGAGGAAGAUAUUAGAGAAACGCCACACACUUGCGAGUUACAAAUCAGACAUGUCAUUGGAUCAAGUAACAGAACCUGUUGCAGUGCCUUUCAAUUGGGAGCAUAUACCUGGAAGAUGCAAAGGUAAUAGUGGAUCUGAACUACCUCAAAUUCCUCUUAAGUACCACCCUCCAAUUCCUAGGCUUCCUCCUGGAAAAUCGAGCAAAUCUGCUAAACAACCGAUGGAAAAGGAAUCCAAUGUUGCAAAUAAGUUCACUUCCUUAAACAAAUCAAAGUCUUUUAGCGGCAAUGCGGUUAAAACAGAUUGUGAUAGAGAAAGAGAAAGAGAAAAAGAAUCUGAGAAAAGAAUUGAGAGUAGAAGGUCUAAUGCAAAGAAAGAUGGCGCGGAGGAAGAGAACUAUGAUGCAUUUUCAGAUGCAGUUGAAUCGUUGUCACAUUUAACAGAAUCAUUUUCUAUGAACUGUAGUGUGAGUGGUGUAAGUGGAUUAGAUAAUUUGGAAGUUAAGAAGUUUGGAACAUUUUCUACUGAUCAACAAACAAGAGACUUCAUGAUGAACCGUUUUUUGCCGGCUGCAAAGGCUAUGACCUUACAACCUUCUCAGUAUUCUUCGAAAAAGCAAUCUGUGUUAGUGGAGCAACAACCUAGAGAUGUUAACAAAUUGAUUCAGAAUGCGAAGAAGCCGUUGGUAACUGAUAUUGUACCGUAUAACGGUAUAUGUCAAGAGGAAGAAAGUGAAGAUGAAGAUGGAGGCAAUGUUUAUGACGAUAAUAACAAUUCUGAUAAUGUCUUAGGUAAAGGAUGUGGUUUGUUACCUCAUUUACAUAUGAGGAAUUCAUUGUCUAUGUUACAUCCUGUGGCUGGGACGAAAGUGAAGGCCUUGCCUUCUUCUGCUUGUGAAGUUGUAAAACCAAACAAAAGAUCGAAUAUUCGAUCUUUUAGUCCAAUUCCAGCUGUAAAGAAGGCUUGGGAAGCAAUUCAUAGGAACAAGUCAAGCAAUGGAGCUGCAUCACCUGAUAUGCAGGAAGGAAAGAAGAAAUUAAGCAGUGAAUCAAAAAGAUUUGCUUAUUCAGGUGAGUUGCUACCAGGUAGGCUCUCACCCUUCCGGCGUUCAAGAGCUGCCGCUACCGGCAUAUCUCCUAGUAGAAGUAAACCUCAAUCUCCCUUCCGCGGCGCAAAGUUGCCCGGUGAUUCUAAAGAGACUGGAAACAAUUACUCUGGCAACUUGAAAUUCCAUAGCAGCACUGGACUUGGAAAAAUUCAAGGAGUUCCACAUCAAGGAGCCAAAAGAGGUUCGUUUUCAGGAAGUUUGGCAAUGGAAAAGACAUUGUACAUAGAUAAUUCAAGUACUGUCAAAUUAUCAUCUUCAAAUUUAAGUUCUGUAGAUAACAAAAGGAGGAUAGAUACUAUGAUUACAGACUUUGACAAAAUACGAGGGAAAGAAAGAAAUUCUAGCAUCGAAACUUCUCAAGAUAUAAAACAUGUACAAGCUUUAGAUUUUGAAGAAAAAGUCACAUUGGAUUUUGAUGUGUUAAGAUCUUUAGGUGGCAAUUCUUCAACUUUAUCUGGUAUGCUACAUCAUAUAGCCAAAGAAUAUGAUGAUGAAGUAUCGAAAACCGAUCAAGAUAUUAAGCGCGGACUCGCGUCGUUGCAACCUGUGCAAGGGAAAAUUUCUGAAGAUUCAGAUACCAACAAAAAGCAAAUUGUGUUAGCUAAUAGUUCUCCACUUCCACCACCAUUGCCGAAAUCGCCUUCUGAGUCUUGGCUUUGGCGCGCACUUCCUAUAGCAUCAUUUAAGAAUUCUUUCUUGCAUUCGAAUCAAUCUCAUGCUAAAAGAAAUGAUUCUAACACAACAUCAAGCAAUGUCAAGUGGGAAACUAUUGUGAAAACUUCCAAUUUGAAUCAUGAUCAUGUUUGUUUUUCUCAGGAACUACCGACGCGUAAAUCACAGCAUUCAAAAUAUUAGAGAUGAAGUUGAGUGACUUUGCCAUCAAGUUAUGGUCCAAGCUUUUGUCUCAUUUGUUUUUUCACCAUGCUUAUGGUAAGUAAAAAAAAAUGGCAUGAUUGAUUACAUUUUUACAUUUUUCAUGCUUUAUUGAUUGUUUUCUUUUUGAUACUCACAAAGAAGACUCAGAAGCUUAUGUCCAAGUAUGUAAAACAGAUUAUUCUGAAUUGAAAUGAAAUUUGAAAUUCUCAUGUUGAUAAA